CCCGAGAGUUGGAUGCUCGGUGCAUUUGGCUUGCCAUUGACAUUGAAUUUUAAAUUUGGGAAAUUCAUUCAGUUCGAGAUCUCAGUGCAGUGGCUGAACGUGCAUUUCGGGGACUGUGUACCCAUCAAAAUAAGCGAAAUAUUCGUGGCAAAGAGUGAAAAUUAAAUAGAAUAAAAAUCAGUUUAAAUGUGAAAUGAAUUUGUCGCCUUUUAUGCGAGUAUAAAGUGAUUUCUGACCUAAUUGUGCUCCAGAAAACCAGUGCAACAACGAUAACACCCAUUCAAAUUCGGUCAGUGUCUUGGGCACUUGAGUGCGCAACAACUGUGCUGCGUUUCGUUAUUAUCAAUUCUUAUUUUUUCAUAAAUUAGCGACGUUGCUUGUACGAACACUAAUGACCUCUGACGCAAAUUGUUGGCAAUUAGAGCUCAAUCGACAUUGCAAUCAAAUUGCCGUUAAUUAUUUGUUAUUUGUUGUUUGGUUUUCGUUUAUUAGUCGCUGCUGCUCGUGCUCAUUGUAGUUGCGUCGCUCCAAUUAAGCCUUGCGAUAUUUGAUGGAUUGCGCACAAAGUCAUCACCAGCAAUGUAAUUCAAACAAAAGAGCGUAUUGCUAUUUAUAAAAUUCGAUAUGAUGAUGAGUAUACGCCACCGCUCCCCGCCAGUAUUUUGAGUGAAUUUCUCUUUUUAUGUGAUUAAUUAUGCAAAUGCCAAUAAAACGAUUGCGUAAAUAAAGCAUUAGUGCGAGUGUUCUGCCCGCAUGAGGCUGUUCGUGCACUAUACAUCGGCUAAUGAUUACGUCGUGGGUCAAUAUUGCAACAAAAUACUGUGAAAAUCACUUCUUUUUUAUUGUAAAUGUAUAAUAAAUGCAUUUCGGCCGCAAAUUAUGCACAUCCGGUAACUUUGUGGCGCCAAAUUAAAUGAAAAAGUGCUGGUUAAAUAUUAACAAUUUUUAUGGUAGUAGAUACCUGCUUACCGCAUGUGAAUGGUGGUACAUAAAAUGGGCUUGAAUCAAUUAUUAAUCACAUUAUAGGUAGGUAGGUGGGUGCACUAAAUUUUGCAAAGCCGUCAUAUCCACCAAACAUUUUGUAUCCUGUACAAAAAAGUCGUUUAGUAUAGCGUCCAUCGUCUGGCCAAAAUCAAAUAACCGCGUCCCAAAGAUGUGCUAGAAUGCGAUCACAUAAACGCAUAAUAAAAACAUAUAGACUUGUGAACUUACUUAAAAGUACGUGUGUAUGCCUGUACGUGUGCAGAUAAUAAAAGUCGAUGCUAAGCAAAAAGUACAUUUGAAUGAUUUAUUCUAAAAUUAAAUCACGUGUCGUUUUGCAUGAUUUAUUUCAAUCAAUUUAAAUCAGAAUAAAUGCUAACCAUUCGCGCAGCUACCGCCCUCUCGCCAAUCUGUAUACUUGUAUACCACAUUACCGGCAGUGUGCCCCUCCGUGCACAGAAUGACAGAAUGAUUAUGAAAGAUUUGUUGACGGCCACGCCGGAAAGGCAGGGGCGAGAUGUAAUGAUUUCGUGUGCUGAAUUCGUUUCAACAUUUGAUGAGCGGCGAAAAUUCCAAUUAUAUGUGGAAUUUGAAUGCAAAUUUAGGCGUUCACUCGCAACUAAGCAAAUAAAUUUACGCUUUGCCGAUGGCGUUGCUGGGGAUCUAUUUAUUCGGAAUAGUUGUGCUGAAAAUAUAUUUAGGUUUUUUGGUUUGUGAAUUCCAACUUAAUUUCCGUAACACAUAUGGUAUAUAAGCAUACAUACAUAUAUAAAUACGAAUCACACAUUAUUGCAGCGCGGAAAAACAAUUACUUAUUUAUUUAUAAGUCUUCUGGAGAACGACAGCAGUUGCCUUUAAAAACAGAUAUAUAGUCAAACCACUCCUAUUUCUUAUCUCCUAUUUGUAGUAUCUAUUUCAUCUACGACAAAUUGAGACUCUCCCCCAAACCUUUAAUAAAUGUUGCCAGUGUGAUAAAUACUGUUGGAGUCCAAAAGUCAUUAAAAAAAUGUGUACUCAGAUCUAUACACAGAGGAACGGAUGAUCCCCAGGCCAGUAUUUUUGAGUUGUUUCGCAAAUUUAGAUUCAAAAUUGUAUUUUGGUGCCGGGUACCGGGUUUCUUUGCGACCUCUACGCGACGUCGGUUUUGCCAACGAUUCAAGUCUUUUGGUAUGAGUCUAACAUUCACACGCUUGAUACUAGAGCUCUACGUAUUCGACUAAUCGACUAACCGAAUUAACAGAAUCCAAGAAAAUGUUUCGAAAGUUCUUAGAAUUCACAAACCGGUACAAGAUUGUGCGCGGCAUGCUCUCUUAUGGAACGCUAUGGCCUUGCGGCUGUCUCAUCGAACAGACCAUAAUCGAAAAAAGGUCAUUUCGUAAUUACGACUGGAUGAAAUGUCUGAAGUUCAGUUUAUUCGGUGGCCUUUUCAUGGGACCUACAAUUUAUAUGUGGAUACGGCUGGCCGGCGUCAUGUGGCCCCGCACAGACAUUAAGUCAUCACUUUGCAAAGCCAUUACCGAGCAGGCGGCCUAUGAUCCGUUUGCGAUAAGCACGUUUCUCUUUGUUAUGAGCCUUUUGGAUGGCCGCACGUACGAACAAGCCAAGCAGGAGGUGAGUGACAAAUUCUUCGAGGCCUAUCGUGUGGGCGUAAUUUAUUGGCCCUGUGUGCAAACAGUGAACUUUGCCUUCAUAACGCCUCGCAACCAGGUUGUCUUCACGUCCUUCUUUAGCAUGUGCUGGACGACCUUUUUGACAUAUGUGAAGUAUUUGCAAGGACAAGCCAUCGAAUUUGAACACCCUGUUGUUGAUAUUCACAUUCAUUUCACACAUUAGCUUUGCAAGCAAAAUAGAAAUUGUAGCUGUUAACUUAAAAUAAAAGUAUGUUGAAAUAUU